ACCCAUACACCAGGAGAGAGGGGUGUCCAACAAAACCAAACAAAAAAAAAGGCGGGGAGGGGGAAAGGAGUUUGCUUGAUGUUUUAGUGCAAUGGACGUAAGAUUUUAUUCACCACCGCCACCACAGCCUGCAGCCGCUCCUGAUACUCCUUGCCUGGGACCUUCUCCCUGCCUGGACCCCUACUAUUGCAACAAGUUUGACGGUGAGAACAUGUAUAUGAGUAUGACAGAGCCAAGCCAGGACUAUGUGCCAGCCAGCCAGUCUUUUCCUGGUCCAAGUCUUGAAAGUGAAGAUUUCAACAUACCUCCCAUAACUCCUCCAUCAUUACCUGACCAUUCGUUGGUGCACUUGAAUGAAGUAGAGUCUGGGUAUCACUCUCUGUGUCACCCAAUGAAUCAUAAUGGCCUGCUUCCAUUCCACCCACAAAACAUGGACCUACCUGAAAUUACAGUUUCCAAUAUGCUCAGCCAAGAUGGGACACUGCUUUCAAAUUCACUUUCAGUGAUGCAAGAUUUACGGAAUACAGAAGGGGCUCAAUACAGUUCCCAUCCUCAGAUGGCAGCCAUGAGACCGAGGGUUCAACCUGCAGAUAUUAGGCAACCAGGAAUAAUACCACAUGGGCAGCUGACUACCAUUAACCAGUCACAGCUCAGUGCUCAGCUUGGUUUGAAUAUGGGUGGAAACAAUGUUCCCCACAACUCUCCAUCUCCACCUGGAAGCAAGUCUGCAACUCCUUCACCAUCAAGUUCAGUCCAUGAAGAUGAAGGAGAAGAUACCUCUAAGGUUAACGGAGGAGAAAAGCGGCCUGCUUCUGACUUGGGAAAGAAGCCCAAAACACCCAAAAAGAAGAAGAAGAAGGACCCUAAUGAGCCACAGAAGCCUGUGUCUGCCUAUGCAUUAUUUUUUCGAGACACCCAAGCAGCCAUCAAGGGCCAAAACCCAAAUGCUACCUUUGGUGAAGUCUCUAAAAUUGUAGCAUCAAUGUGGGAUGGCUUAGGAGAGGAACAAAAACAGGUAUACAAAAAGAAAACUGAAGCUGCAAAGAAGGAGUAUCUGAAGCAGUUAGCUGCAUAUAGAGCAAGUCUUGUAUCCAAGAGCUACAGUGAACCUGUUGAUGUUAAGGCAUCCCAGCCACCUCAGAUGAUUAAUUCAAAACAGUCAGUGUUUCAUGGGCCUGCACAGGCUCCUUCUGCACUGUAUCUAAGUUCCCAUUAUCACCAACAACCAGGAAUGAACCCUCACAUAACUGCCAUGCACGCUAAUAUUCCUAGGAAUAUAGCACCCAAGCCCAACAACCAAAUGCCAGUGACUGUUUCCAUAGCAAAUAUGGCUGUAUCCCCACCACCACCACUUCAGAUAAGUCCACCUCUCCACCAGCAUCUCAACAUACAGCAACACCAGCCAAUUACAAUGCAGCAGUCCAUUGGAAACCAGCUACCAAUGCAGGUCCAGUCUGCUUUACAUUCACCUACAAUGCAGCAAGGAUUUACUCUUCAGCCUGAUUAUCAGAAUAUCAUCAACCCCACAUCUACGGCUGCACAGGUUGUUACCCAAGCAAUGGAGUAUGUUCGUUCAGGGUGCAGAAAUCCUCCAGCACAGACUGUGGACUGGAAUAAUGACUACUGCAGUAAUGGGGGCAUGCAGAGGGACAAAGCACUGUACCUUACCUGAAAAUCUGAAAAACCUCUCCUUUCCAUGGAGGAAUGCAGGGAAGUCUUUUCAUCAUGGAUUGCUUUAUGCAGUCAAGGCAGUUCUGCAUUUUAUUAGAAAAUACAAGUUGCUAAGCACUUAGGACUAUUUGAGCUUGUGGGUCACCCACUCUGGAAAAAAAUAGUCUUGCUUCUUUCUUUUCUUUUCCUUUACUUUUUCUUUUUUUUCCCUCCUCCUCCUCUUUUUGUUCACAGAGAUUCCUUUAACGGACAUUGCUUUUCUUCCUUUCUGAAGGAAAUUUGGACCAUUCAGAUUUUAUGUUGGUUUUUGCUGUGAAGUGCUGCGCUAGUAACUGCCUUAGCAACUGUAGAUGUCUUGGAUAAAAGUCCUGGAUUUUCCAUUGGUUUUCAUAAUGGGUGUUUAUAUGAAACUACUAAAGACUUUUUAAAUGGCUUGAUGUAGCAGUCAUAGCAAGUUUGUAAAUAGCAUCUAUGUUACACUCUCCUAGAGUAUAAAAUGUGAAUGUUUUUGUAGCUAAUUGUAAUUGAAACUGGCUCAUUCCAGUUUAUUGAUUUCACAAUAAGGGUUAAAUUGGCAAACAUUCAUAUUUUUACUUCAUUUUUAAACAGCUGACUAAUAGUUCUAUAUUUUCAAAGUAUUUGGAGAAAAAAGAAAAAUAUUCCCAAAUGAUUUUAAUUAAAAAUAUUGGCUUUGUCUCAUUAAAUAAACAAAAAAAGAGUUGGGGGGGAGGAGGGGAGAGAAAAGAACUUAGUGUGGGGGAAAAAGUAAACACAUUUAUUUUGUACUGCCUAAAAAUGCUUUUUUUUUUUUAAAUCACUUUAUGUGUAA